GGCGGAGUAUUCUAAAUGCAUAAGAGGUAGACCCUCUUUUUGUAAAUUUCUCGUCGCGAAAGAGCAUUCGGCUGUUUCCCGCAUAGUGCAUCUGUCGUAGGACUGGUCCAGUGUGGAGAAGAGAAUUAGAGUUGAGCGUUUAUCCCAGGAGUCAUCUCCCGCCAGAUCUUGCCAGCCGACCAUGGCAGACUAUGAACAAGAGCAGGAAAUGGAGAUUGAAGCACUGCAAGCCAUACUUAUGGAUGACAUAGAAGAAAUUGAUCCUAAUGUCAGUGGACUUAACACCGACAACCGAUGCUUCCAAAUUACAUUGGUCCCACAUGAUGAUGACGCAGAUGAAGCUACAUCUGUUCCAGUUCGACUUGCUUUGGUUUUUUCCCAUACUUCCAAGUAUCCAGAUGAACCACCUCUUUUGAAGGUGAAAAGUUUACAGGGUGUAAAGCCAGAUGAUCUGAAGAUUUUACAGGAGAAGCUUGAACAAGAGGCAUCUGAGAACCUUGGUAUGGCAAUGGUGUAUACACUUGCAACGUCAGCUAAAGAGUGGUUGAGUGAAUUCUAUGGUCAAAGUACAGCGGUUGAGGAAACGGAGGAGAACGACUCUGCGAAAGAGGAUAUAAUCAUACCACAUGGAGAGCAUGUCACGGUUGAAACUUUUAUGGCAUGGAGAGAUAGAUUUGAAGCAGAAUUGGCUCUUGAGCGUGCCAAAUUGAUUCCAGAUUCAGAGCUCACAGCUCCAAAGGAGAAGAAACUUACAGGCAGGCAAUGGUUUGAAAGUGGAAAACACACCAUGAAAGCAGCUGCAUCUGCUGAAGUCUCAGAGGAAGAAGAAGAUGAAGAUAUUGAAUUUGAUGAUGAUGAUUUUGAAGAUGAUGAUGAAGAAGACAUGCUUGAGCAUUAUCUCUCAGAGAAGGCAGAGAUAGCACCACAGGGCUCUAGAAAAUAAAUCAGGUCGGACAGUUAAUGUUGGAGAAAAAAGCAAAGAGGAUCUAUUCAUGCUCAGGCUUGCUGAAGAGGGCCAAAGUAUUUUUUCAUGUGUAGUUAUAAAAGUUCCUACCAUAUUUUACCAUUUUUGAAAAUGAUAGAACUUUCCUCUAGGCUCUUUAUCUAAGACAUGCACAUCCGAGGACUGUUGGAGCAUAUUGGCGGCAUGUCAGUUGUUGGAUAGGACUAUAUGACAGGAAUUGCACGUGCAGUGCACUUUAGUGGCAUGUCAAUUGUCGGAUAAAGUAGUAUCAUAGGGGUUGCACUUGUAUUAACUUUCCCUGAUUGGAAGAGAUGCAGUUUUGUUAAA